GCGUCCUGCGAAUUGUGAUGCACCUAAUGGCUCUGGGAAUAAACUGAAGCGUUUCUUCGUCUGUGGGCGGAGUUUAAAGUGAGAGACAAACUCGGCAGGCACUCGAGUACUAAACUUCCACGCUGAAAACAACAGGAGGAUGGAUUCUUGACGCAGAACAGAAGGAUAUCAAAGUUUUUGAAUCCCUGCUGAUGAUUUAAAACUCAUCAUGGAUGAAAUGCAGUUUGAACUUUUGCCACAGACACGCUGAAUACUACGUUACAGUAACAAUAACUUCGCUGGUGGAUUUUUGUUCAGAGUUGCAGUUCAAGUUUCCGAUUUCCCUCAGAUGUUUGCCGAUGCAGUGCAAAUUAACUUCAGUAUUGCAUGUGCCGCUGUGAUGUGGGUAGGAUGGACAAAGAGAAGAUUUCAGCAAUUCGCGAUCUAAAAAGCAAGGGCUCCUAUUUAUAACGCAUGCUAUUUGUUUUUGUCUUUUUAUAUUUGGACAACAACCCUCCUUUAAGUUGAGCGGGUUUAUGGUUUUUGCAAGGAAAUAUGUGGAAACUUUGCCGCUUUUCACGUCACCCAGCCGUUCUAGCUUGCUUAGUAUUGGAAAUAUUAAUUUACAGCGUCAAAGGUCUCAAUGUUUGUAUGAGCGGUAGUGCCACAUCUUGUGAAGAGUGUCUUCUCAUUCACCCGAGCUGCGCCUGGUGCGCGCAAGAGGACUUUGGACAGGCAAGAACACUCACCUCACGAUGCGACUUUAGCCAGAACUUACUCAAAAGAGGGUGUGAUGCCCCUUUUAUAGAGAAUCCGAGGAGUAGCAACCAUCUCCUGAGGGGCAAACCCCUGAGCUCCAAGGGGUCUGGUUCAACCCAGUAUGAUGUCAUCCAGAUAUAUCCACAGAAGAUCUCUCUCACCUUAAGACCUGGUGACCAGACCUCAUUUGUGGUACAAGUUCGUCCUGUGGAGGACUACCCUGUUGAUUUGUACUAUCUGAUGGACCUCUCACUCUCCAUGAAGGAUGAUCUGGACACAAUUCGCAACCUGGGCACCAAACUGGCAGAGGAGAUGAGCAAACUCACAAGUAAUUUCCGUCUUGGGUUUGGAUCCUCUGUGGACAAGAACAUUUCACCCUUCUCCUACACGGCUCCAAAGUACCAAGACAACCCUUGCAAUGGCUACAAGUUGUUCCCAAACUGUGUCCCCACAUUUGGCUUCCGUCACCUCUUGUCUCUUACGAACAAAGUUGAUAAUUUCAACGAAGAAGUCCAGAAGCAGAUGGUGUCACGAAACAGGGAUGCUCCAGAGGGAGGUUUUGAUGCCAUUCUGCAAGCUGCUGUGUGUAAGGAGAAGAUUGGCUGGAGGAAGGAGGCCUAUCAUCUCCUGGUGUUUGCCACAGAUGAUGUCCCACACUUGGCUUUGGAUGGCAAGCUUGGGGGACUUGUACAUCCUCAUGAUGGAGAGUGUCACCUGAAUGACAAGAAUGAGUACAGCGCUUCAAAUCAGAUGGAUUACCCUUCACUAGCUCUACUUGGAGAAAAACUGGCAGAAAACAACAUUUUCCUCAUCUUUGCGGUGACCAAAAGACACUAUGUUCUUUACAAGAACCUCACUGCAUUGAUUCCUGGGACUACAGUGGAAAUCCUGGACUCCGACUCUAAAAACAUUAUUCAGCUAAUUGUCAAUGCAUACAAUAACAUCAGGUCAAAAGUUGAACUGAGCGUGUGGGAUCAUCCUGAAGAUCUUAAUCUGGCCUUCACUGCCACCUGUCAAGACGGCCAGCCACUGACCGGCCUCCGCAAGUGUGCUGACCUAAAGAUCGGUGACACUGUCUCAUUCAACGUAACUGUAGAUGCUCGAGGAUGUCCUCCCAAAGGCACCAAGAAGAGUUUCACCAUCAAGCCUGUUGGCUUUAAAGACCGUCUGGAAGUCUCUGUGGAUUACCGCUGUGAUUGCAGCUGCACAUAUUACACGAAGGUCAACAGCAGCCGGUGUAACUCCGCGGGCACCUACAGCUGCGGGAUGUGUCAGUGUGAGCCCGGCUAUCUGGGAGCCCGCUGCGAGUGCAAGGAAGGAGAGGUCGGCGACCAGUACAUCAGUACCUGCCGAGAGGCCGAGGGCAAGCAGGUGUGCAGCGGCCGUGGAGAAUGCAGCUGUAAGCAGUGCCUGUGCUACGAAUCAGAGUUUGGCAAAAUCUAUGGGGCCUUCUGCGAGUGUGAUGACUUCUCCUGUGCCAGGCACAAGGGUAUAUUGUGCUCAGGUCACGGAGAAUGCCAUUGUGGUGAGUGUAAAUGCCACGCUGGUUAUAUUGGAGACAACUGCAAUUGCUCGACAGAAACGGCCUCUUGCGUGUCCGACGAUGGCAAGAUGUGCAGUGGGCGGGGCAGCUGCGUUUGUGGGCGGUGCCAGUGUAGUGAGCCAGGGGCAUUUGGGGACACGUGUGAGAAAUGUCCAACCUGUCCAGAUGCCUGUGGAACAAAGAGGGAAUGCAUCGAGUGCCGUCUCUUUAAUACGGGAAGACACGCCGAUAACCAGACCUGCCAGCGCAUGUGCAAGGAUGAAAUUGUCACGGUGGAAACCCUCAAAACCGAUGAUCCAAACGCUGUUCAGUGUAUGUAUAAGACUGAGAAUGACUGUGUCAUGAAGUUCACAUAUUCUGAACAUGCCAACGGCAAAUCAGUCCUAACGGCUCUUAAAGAUCCAGAGUGUGGUGUUGCCCCAAAUGCCAGGACGGUGCUCCUGGGGGGCGUCGGCAGCAUCCUAUUGAUGGGCAUUGUGCUGCUAGCCCUCUGGAAGCUGGUCAUCACAGUCCACGACCGGCGCGAGUUUGCACGUUUUCAAAGUGCACGUUCACGGGCACGAUAUGAGAUGGCAUCUAAUCCUGUUUAUAAGCAGUCCGUCCCAUCUUACCCAAUGGAGGAUGUUUUCCGUAUGCAUACCAAGUCAUACAACGGAGGAGUCCACUGAUUCACCUGCAGUUGGACUGGGGGACAUGGCAGGACCUUGUCAGAUGUGGACUACUGUAUUAUAGAGAUCUGUUUUUUGUUUUUUCCCAUGCAAACCUUUCUUUUUUUGUAGGUGUUUCCUGAGGAUUUUUACUGAUGAUUAUGUGGAUAGUGAAAGAUUAUUGCUGGGCAGCAGUACAGUUCAUGGCGAAUUUAAGCACAGGUUGGCACUGGACAAAUAUAAAUAGUUGGAGAGGAAGUGGUUGUCCCCCUUUUUCCAGAAGCAUCAAUGAGGCAUUUGCACAAGCAGUGGAUGUUUUGUGAGCUUGAAUUUAACUCAAUUAAUUUUUUACAGUACCAACACCACAUUAUGAGGGACUCUGUUUGCAUUGUGUUGUAUAGGCAAAGAAGAUAUUUUUCAAGUGUACAUUUUUAACAGCGUGCCAACUAUCACAUUUUAAAUGCAUUCAUUGUAUAAUUGCUACAUAUAAAGAAGUCAGAUGCCAUAAUGUGUACACAAACAAAAAAGUGCAAAAUGAUGGAUACUAACCUGACCUAAACAAAGCAAUAUUUUCCUAACACUUGUUUUGCACAUUUUGAAUUAGGUUGAGGUUUAUAAUGUAAAGAAAUGCCACUAUAGAAUACUGGUCAUUUGGGUAUGCAGAUCCUGCCACACGUUUGCACAUUUUCUUGAUGCCUUUUAACCGUACAGGGUGAUGAAAUAAAAUUACCUGCUGAUG